AUCACGAGGUGGGGCGAGGUGACGAUGAGGGGCAAUCACACAAUACCUACUGCAGCAGGCACGACGCUUGCAAAUGCAUUUCCUAUCGGCCUUUCUUCUUAAUCUCCAUUCCCUUGCCCGUCUCUCUUGACUUCUCCCUUCGAACCUAUCGCCCUCCAUCAACCAAGACUGCACAAUACACGCCCAUCAUCAUGGCCCCCUUCUACAGUGACGAGACGCCCAACGAGGUCAAGAAUGCCAAAGGCUUCCACCUCCUCACCAUGAACACGCCCAAUGGCCAGGCUGUCCAGAUCUACCUCGAAGAACUGAAGGACCUCUAUGGCCUGGAGUGGACGACGUCGUUGGUCGACAUCUCCACCAACGACCAGAAGAAGGACUGGUUCCUCAGGCUGAAUCCCAAUGGCCGCAUCCCAACCCUCAUCGACAACACUAUCAGCCCGCCGUUCGCCGUCAUGGAGACAUCGGCCGAGCUGCUCUACCUCCUCAAGGCCGUCGACAAGAAGGACGCCUUUGGCUUCCAGGACGACCGUGAGCGGAGCGAAUGUCUGCAAUGGGUCUUCUUCUGGCACGGCAGCGGUGCACCCUACCAAGGAAACGUCAACUUCUUCUCGCGCGCCGAAGAGCAGGUCCCCUUCGCCAUCAACCGCUUCAAGAAGGAGACGCUGCGCGUCUUCGGCGUGCUGGAGCUGCAGCUCUCCGGCAAGCACACGGGGCAGGAGAAGGACUACCUCGCGGGCAAUGGGCGUGGCAAGUACAGCGUGGCCGACAUCAAGACGUGGGCGUGGGUGAAGGGAUGGAAGAACCGCUUCAGCGAGGAGGAGAUGCAGUUCCCCCACGUGCUCAAGUGGGUGGAUCGCAUUGCCGAGCGCCCGGCCGUGCAGCGAGGAAUCGGAGAUGCGUAUGCGCUCAAGAAGUGAGAUAGGACUCCAUCUUCCUUACCGAGGCCAUUACUGAUUCAUCA